AUGUAUCAUCACGAUAAAAGUAUCAUUCAUGAGGUUCUGCACACGAUCAAAAAUCUCUACGUCGACGCUAUCAACCUCCCCGCAUCCGGAAAUUUCAACCAUCCGGAUUUCGGUGAAAUGAUCGACACGACGUCGAUAAUGACGGUCGGAUCAUACGUGUUCAUUACCUUCAUACUUGUCCUACAUGAGAGAGACGACUCAUUUGAUCUUCAAAUACUUGGAGGUCAGACGAUGGAGGAAAGCCAAGAGAAUGUUCGGAGAAAUGAGGAGACUAAACAGUUUUUGAAUGACAUACAUGAAGUCAUUGCUAUUGAGCAUGAUAAGAAUAAGGAGUCAGAAACCGCCGCGUGGGAGGCCAUCGGAUUGUUCGUUCUGAAGGGAUACAACGACAAAGAAGUGACGUCAGGACUCCGCCCAGUUAUGGAAUUAAUGGACAAAUCGAAACUUCUGUUGUUCUUAAAACGAAAAGAGACCGCUCCAAUUGUAAUGAUCAAACAAAAAGAAAUGGAUGGAGUCUGGGUGGAUGAUGAUGAUGAGAACCGAGGACAACCACAAUACGGAUCUCUCUUCCCCAGAAUCAAAGUGGACGCAACGAAAAAGAAGCGUCCUAUUUCGGGAAAACCGCAAAAAGCGCAAGAAAAUGUGGACGACGUGCGUUUUGACUUUGGGCAAAAAUUACUUCAUAAAGCGAAUUUUUGA